AUGAUGAAAACUUUGGCUAAUGCGGUCGGAGGGAAGACGGCUAGGGCAUGUGAUAGCUGCGUGAAGAGGCGGGCGCGUUGGUAUUGCGCAGCUGACGAUGCUUUCCUUUGCCAUACUUGUGACGGUUCGGUCCACUCAGCGAACCCUCUUGCUCGUAGGCACGAGAGGGUUCGGUUGAAAGUGGCUAGCCCCGGAAAGCAUCGCCACGGUUCCUCCUCACCACCUCACCGAGCCACGUGGCAUCAGGGAUUUACACGUAAAGCCCGGACACCACGUGGGGGCAAGAAGAGCCACUCGAUGGUUUUCCAUGAUCUUGUGCCGGAGAUGAGCACAGAGGAGCAAAACUACGAGGUGGAAGAGCAGCUCAUUUUUCAGGUGCCGGUGUUGAACCCCAUGGUUAAGGAGCAAUGCCUAAACGAAUCCGUGGAGACAAAGAUUGAUUUUCCCAUGAUGUCUGUAUGUUUCAAGAGCAGCGACGAAGAAGAUGACAACGGUGAGAGUUGUCUGAAUGGUUUAUUCCCGACCGACAUGGAACUGGCUCAGUUCACAGCUGAUGUGGAGACUCUCCUCGGUGGAGGGAUAGACCGAGAAAUUCAUGCCAUGGAAGAGCUAGGGUUAGGUGAGAGGUUAAAGAUCGAAAAAGAGGAAGAGGAAGAAGUGGCGAUAAGAGAAGUGUGUGAUCUUGAUGAAGCUGAGACUGCGCCAUUUGAAAUAAGCUUUGACUAUGAGUACUCACACAAGACGACAUUUGAUGAAGAAGAAAAUGAAAAAGAAGAUGUGAUGUGCAUGGGAGCGAACGAGAAUAGUGGUAGGAUCAAGGAAGAGACGAAGGAGAAGGCUCUUAUGCUUAGAUUGGACUACGAUGGGGUGAUUUCCACUUGGGGAGGCCAAGGAACACCAUGGACCGCACGAGAGCCACCUGAAAUAGACCUCGACAUGGUCUGUUUCCCAACCAAUUCCACGGGUGAAAAUGGAGCAGAGAUUCAUCCUCACAACCAUUUUCGCGGCCUAGGGUUACACAUAGGAGAGGCUGGAGAUGGAGGAAGAGAGGCUAGGGUUUCAAGAUACAGAGAGAAAAGGAGGACAAGGUUGUUCUCUAAGAAGAUAAGGUACGAGGUACGUAAACUGAAUGCAGAGAAAAGGCCUCGAAUGAAAGGAAGAUUCGUUAAGAGAUCUUCAAUUGCUGCUGCUCACUAA